AUGCGACACACCAAUCUCCUCCUGAGAUUUCUCAACUUGUCAUUACUAGGCACAGUGAUCUCCUUGGCCACUGGGACACCUCCCUACAGUCUUGGGACAUCUUAUGAUCCUAUUCCCACUGGUGCAAUUGGACCACCUGUUCCAAACCCACCUGGAUAUCGCCUUCAAGACCUGGGAGAUGGUGCCUACAUGGUCACUGACGGGAUCUACCAGGCGAUGUUUCUCGUCAGUUGCGAAAGUGUUAUUGUAGUAUACAAUCCCCCAUCGAUUGGCUACAAUAUGCUUAACGCCAUCCGGAAUGUUACGUCUUUGCCGAUUUCACACGUUGUGUACAGCCAUUCGCAUGCGGACCACAUCGGUGCUGCCUAUGUGUUGGGGACCCCUGAAAAUGUCACCUUCGUGGCCCAUCGACAGACAGCGGAUCAGCUGGCGAUGACCCCGGACAAGCAUAGACCACCUCCAUCCAUCACCUUCCAGGACUCGUACAAGCUCCAGGUCUGCAACCAGACACUUGAACUCAACUACAUGGGAAGUAAUCACGAACCGGGCAACAUCUUCAUCUGGGCCCCGUUGCAAAAAAUCAUCAUGCUUGUCGAUAUUGUCUAUCCUGGUUGGGUUCCGUAUUACGAGCUCGGCGUAGCCCAGAACGUUCCAGGCUACGUCAUGGCACACAAGCAGAUCUUGACGUACGACUUCAAGCAUUACAUCGGUGGCCAUCUUGACCGAACUGGUACACGCGAAGAUGUUCUCACUAGCCAGGCAUAUGUCAACGAUCUCUUCGACGCCUGCGUGGAGGCCAUGAAUCUUUCAAAGAACCCGAACAGUACGUUGUAUGCACCCGCCGUCCAGGGUGCGGUUGCUGGGGCCUUUCCAGGGAAUAGCUGGCUCGUGGUGGACACCGUCAACACCAUGCUAUCAGGUUGGGCGAACAACGUAACAAACGAGAAGUGGAAGGGAAAGCUGGCUGGUCUGGAUAUUUACGGAGAGUCGAAUGCUGCCACCAUGCUUGAAGCUGUCCUGAUUAAUUGGGGAAUUAGCGGUGCAUUUGGGGUCUCAAAUGGACCUGGGCCGGAAGAAGAGUGA